UCUGCUUUUCCAAACGAAACCGCGCAGUGCAACCUAUUAUCGUUACUGACAAAACUCUGACUACUCGAAAGCUAUAUAUCUCUUAUUAUUUCAAAUUGAGCAGAUUAAUAUUACUCUGAGGCAUUUCACAAUUAAUUUAGGUUAUUUUUUAGUUUGGAUUGCGGCUGCAACUUCUUUUUUCCGUUAUUUUUGAACCCCGGUUUAAGAUUUAAGAAAAUAACAUUCGAAAGCACACGUUCAAUUAUUAUUUUGUAUUGCAGGAUGACAGAAUUAAUUAAUCUAAUAAAAGAGGGAAAUUUGAGUGACUUGGAAGAAUUAUUAACGAUUAAUUCUAUUCGAUCUAACCUUAAACAACAAUAUUGGGAUUUUAUACCCCAAUUAUGUGAAUUAUUAUCAGAAGAAAGCGAAGCUAGGAGUAAAUGUAUCGAACACGUAAUGCUCACCAUAACCGAAGUAGCUACAUCUGCAAAAGAUUUACUGAUUGUAUUUAUGGAACAGUUCGACAAAUUUAUAUGCGACUUUCGAUUUAAGCUUUUGUUAAAACCAAUAUCUAAAUGUCUUGAUAAUUUAUCAUCUAAGAAGGGUUAUUCUCUUGGUUUAGUGCUUAGUGUCCUAAAUGCUCAUAUUAAAUCAAUAACAAUUGGUGAUAAAGACCAGGAUUUACAUAGAAUUUUUGAAAGAUUAAAUAUAGCUUUGGAUUUCGUCUAUCCUUUCGCUCGACAAAUUGCAGUAACUGAUGCCAGUACAAAGGAGUAUCGGGACAAAAAUAAUAAACAAUUGGAGGAGAUACUUUUGUUUGUUGUUAAAGUUUUGGCACAUCCUCUAUCGAAUAUUGAUGUCACAUUGUCUGAUGAUUCUCUCAUCAAAAUCUAUCAGAAGCUAGGCGAUAUUCUUUCUUGCUGUUCUAGAGAUGCUAUUAGUACAAUUGAGAAGUUAGAGGAUAGGAAUCAGUUCAUUAUGUUUCGAAAGAAACAAAUAGAGCAUCAAAGAUCAUCAUUAAAUACAAAUGAUUUAGAGAAUAUGGAUACUGAUUUAUUAGACGUCGAAGAACCUAUUCCAGAGAUAGGAAUUUCUAUGAUUCCAUUUUUAGCGACAAUAGAAGGCGUAAAUUUAGCAAUACCCCUCAUUUAUAGGGCUGAUUUUGUAACAGGCUCUUUUUUGAAUUCAUCUAUUAGACUAUUGAAGGAUACUAGUGAAAUUAUAGUUAAAAAAGGCAUUAAUAUUGCUAUACACAUGUUUUCGACAAUGCAAGAAGAUUCUACGUCUUAUCAAGGAAUUAAAAAGCUUAAUAAGACACUGGAAGCUAUCUAUCAGAUCCUAUUAAGGUGUCCCAAUAUAGAUUUGAGAAGGUAUGCAUCCAAAAUAGUGCCAGAGCUCAUUAAAGUCUUAUCGAACGAAAGCAAAUACAUCUUCUUCGAAAGAAUUAUUAAUCAUAGUCACCAAGCAGUUAAAGGCUACGGGAUUAUAUUAUUAAAGAAUAGUCUACAAGAAAAUAUGACUUUUAAAAAGGAGAACGAAUAUUUAAAAGGAGAGCAUUUGGACAAACUAUUCAAUGAUAUAUUUCUUUUCAACGUUGAAAAAGAUAUACUGGACAAUGCUGAAUUUCUUUUGGACGCCUUAUCUUUGUUUAGAUAUCUUAUAUCAGUUGACAAAAGAAAUGAGACUGGAAUAAUAGAAAAAGCAGACUACGUGGAAAAGAACUUUUUAAAACCCUUAGAAAAGUCUAUCGAUUUGGCAAAAGCUCAUUAUCAAUUAGAAAUACAAAAUUGUAAUGCAACUGAACAAAUGAACUCUAGAAAAGAAUUUCUACAAGCCGGAAUUGUUCGAAUUGAAAUGAUUGAAAGUAUUCUGGCUAUUUGUUCAGAUUUGAAAGCAAAGAAGAAAUAAUUAAAUAUUUAAUUGCCAUUAAAUAAAUUUAUGUCUCAAUUUAAAAAAGAAUAAAAAAAUUUUCAAAUCAAUUUCUU